GACAUUUUUAGAUACGUAUUUUUUGUCAAAGCAAUCUUAACACUUUCUCUUCUCUUUGCUGCCUUUUACAUUUUGCAUAUUUUCCUCCUGUAUCAGAUCACCAUCUCUCUGGAGAGGAUGGAUAAGUUGAGUGGGAACAAUGCGACUGUUCUGAACAGCUCCAUAGACAAGUGGUCUUUCAUCGAACAUGGCUCGUUCCAACACCUGAAACCCGGGGAGCUGAGGGUCCUGGUGCCGGCCAUCCUGGGAGUCAUCUGCGUCCUGGGUGUGGCUUGUAAUCUCACUGCGAUGCUCAUCUUGUUCUCAAAUGCACGUCGGGGCAAACUGUCCCUCAUCAACUCCCUCAUCUUCAACUUGAUGUUUGCUGACGGGUUGGUGCUCGCGUUUGCGAUGCCUUUCAGGGCUGCUUUCUACUCCAAGGCGAGCUGGGAUCUGGGCUGGGUGGUGUGCAAGACGGCUGACUGGUUCCUCCAGUCCUGCAUGGCUGCAAAGAGCUUGACCGUGGCGGUCAUGGCCAAAUCUUGCUACCGCUACGUGUCCAACCCCACCAAGCAGGUGAGCAUCCACCUGGGCUCCAUCCUGGUGGUGCUCUUCUUCAUCUGGCUGUCUGCCUGCUCUGUCACCAUCCCGCACUGGCUGUUCGCUACACUGCAUAGAGGAAUCCGCAGGGUUGUGUGUGUGCUGAUGGUUCCUCCUGAAGCCCAGGAUUUCAUGACCGUGUAUGUCAAAGCGUACCCCCUGGGGGUGUACUGUGCACCUCUCAGCUUUGCACUGAUUUAUUUCUGGAGGGCUUACAGCCAGUGCCAGCGCCGCUCCAGUAAAAGUCAGAAUCUGCGUACACAGAUCAGGUCCAGAAAGCUCACCUUGAUGUUAUUCAGCCUGACUGUGGCUAUGUCUAUUCUCUGGCUUCCACAGUGGGUGGUGUGGGUUUGGGAGCGUCAUAUUGCAGAAAAAGAAAUGGAAGGAGCUCAGCCACUCGUCCCCUCGCCCCCCCUUCUUCUAACCGUCUCCGCUCUGCUUCUCACCUUCUCUCUGUCGCUAGUGAACCCUCUCAUUGUCCUCUCCCUCUCCGAGGAGUUUAGAGAGGGCUACAGGGGGCUGUGGAGGCGCCUCACCCUGCGCAAACAACUUCCGUCCAAGCCUAAGCCUGGACCGCACAACCCUACCUCUCUCCAGUCACCUUGCCCCAGACCAGAGACCUCAGUCCAGCUGAGAGGAGAGAGGAGCCUUCAGCCAAGCUACAGCCAGGAUCCCAGCAGAGACACUCAAACCCAGCCCGAACAAGGGGAAGGACGAGGAGGAGGCAGAGACGCGGACAGAGUGAGCCUCAAAGAUGGAAUAGUGUUGCCUGAUUUGGAGCACUUCUGGCACGAGAGGGAGACGGGGGCGCACACAGACGAAAAUGAUCCUGUGCCGUGGGAGCAUGAGGGCAAAUAGGGCAAAAAACAACUACCACCUUUCGACUUCAUCAACAUUCACCACGAUCCUGAGCAGCAGCUUCAUCAACAGACCUCAGCUCAGUGCUUUACAGUAAAUCAGUGGUAUUCUGUCAACUGUGUGUAUGAUAUUAUACAAAAGGUAAGAAGGCAUCAGUAAGGAAACAAGUUUGGACUAUGAAUAGAGCAGUGUCAUCUGCAUAUAAGAUAGACUUUGCAAUUGGUUGUUGUUUAAUGUGUAAGAACUAGACUAUAAUGUAAGUGUGACUUGGUGGCUGUACAUUAAAGCUUUUGGUAAGGAUUAUGUAAAUGCAAUGCACAUACACAUCAUAUAAAGUAUUUACAAUUAAUGUAUUUGUAUAUAUACUUCCAGUAAAUAAUAUACUAAAUGUACGUUGCAGAUUUCCUGACAUAUAUGGACAAGAAAUCCCCUAAACAAACCAGAUAUUUUUUAGAUUUUAUCAUUAAAAAAAAAGCAUCU